AUGAUGCAAAAGACUCUCUUCCAAUGUCUUCAAUCUUCAAGCAAAGCCUUUCAUCAUCAAAACAAAUUGUCUAAAAGCAUUGUUGGUUAUCAACAUGGUUAUUCAAGCAACAUAUUUUCCAACACUAACAACAAUCGCUUCUUCUCCACUUGUUUCAGCUCCUUCGCUCCAAAAACUAUCGGAGUGAGCGGUCAUAGCGUGGAAGGUCUCGUAUUCUCUCUUGCUCUUUCGCAAUUAAAUUCUACUGGUAGUAGCACUGAUAACAAUGAAAUUAAAUCUAUUGAUGUUUAUUCCAAUCCUAAUCCACUCAAAGAUGAAGCAUGUGUUUUGUCCCAACAAUGCGUAAACAUGUUACGUGAUUAUUGUGGAAUUGAUGUAACAAAAUCACCCUAUGCUAAGAAUCUAUCACAUUAUCAUAUUAUUCGAGCUGAUAUUAGAAAUCCAAUUACUGUUAUGGAUUUGAAAAAUAUUGCACCUCCUGAAGGCUUGUAUAGCAUUCAAAAGAGCUUCCUUAUCAAACUCUUAUUAGAAAAGGCUCAAAAACACCAAAAUAUUAAUAUAGUUCAUGAUAAUGUCAGAGCAGUCAAUGAUGGUAGUAAUGGUAAAAUUGCCAUUUCAUCAAAAAAGGCCAUUGCAAAGAGACAUGUUGACUUGUUAGUUGCUGCUGAAGAAGAUGUUCAACACUCUACUACACUGAAAUAUUUACAAUCUAAAUUAGGAAAUGAAUCCAUGAUUCGAUCUCGCUUCUAUGAAUGUGAUACUAUUAUCAUGCCAUGUCCAUCUGAUAUUGAUUAUGAAUCAAGAAUAUUUGAAUGGUGGAAUAAUUCUAGUAGACUCAGUCUCAUUCCUCUUCCAAAUCAACAACUUGGAUUGAGUAGUAUUCAAUACAUUCCAAAACACAGUGCACUUGGUGCAGAAAGAGUGAAUACUACUUGUUUACAUUUUGUCUUUAAAAUUCACUCUAAUUUGAGAGACAAUGGUGUAGAUUCUGUUUUGGAUAAUGUCCGACAAUUAUUCCAUUCUAGAGAUCGGGUGGGAGUGGUGGCAUCUUCACAAAUUGCCUAUGAUCAUGAAUUGAAACAAUUAUAUCACUCCACCGAUGAUUCGAGUGUUGUUGCUAUUGGUAAUGUUGCUCAUAGUGUGGAUCCAACUCUGUAUCAACAAACAUUUAUUGCCAUUCAUGAUGCAGUACAAUUAGCCAUUCAUUUGAAAGAACAUGGUUUUACACGUGAAGCACUCACACUCUAUGAACAAUCAUCUAAAUUGAGUUUUGAUACAUGUCAGAAAUAUAGUGAAGGUAUGGCAACCAUUGGAUUUAGGAAGAGAGUGAAUAAGAUUACCUUCCUGUUCAAGUUUAUUUUGGAAAAGUUGAAUGUCAUGAGAUUUAGAAGAAUUAUUUCAAAGGUCAUGAAUCAACCAUAA